UGGAGAGUCAAGACCGCUCGCAGGCACCUACUAAAGUUGUUAGGCACAUUUAAGGUAGCAAGAAUCUUCAUUCAUAAGCUCGUAUACCCAUCUCCAGUACCAUUCUGCCUCUUCUCAACAACUGCAAAUCAGAAGCUAGAAGAUGGAGAACACCCUCGUCCUGUAUCCAGCACCAGGAAUAGGCCACAUGAUCUCGAUGCUGGAGCUGGCCAAGUUAAUCCUUCGCCACUACAGCAACAAAUUCUCAAGAAUCCACAUCCUCAUCACCACCGGCUUUCAAGCGGAUUUCUCUUCUAAUCUCAGUCCACCUGCCAUUGCGUUCAAAUUCAUCCGCAAGAAUGCUCCCAAUGUCCACCAUGCUCUCCAGGAUUCUAAGACAUCAUCAAUUAGGGCUCUGAUCAUUGAUUUUUUCUGCACAUCAGCGAUGCCUUAUUCCAAUAAUCUUGGCACCCCGGUUUACUAUUUCUUUACUUCUGGUGCUGCAGCUCUUGCUCUUUAUCUGUACUUUCCCACAAUCCACAAGCAAACAAGUGAAAGCUUUAAAGAUCUUGUUCAGACUAAGUUUGAUGUUCCAGGGUUGCCUCCUAUACCAGCAACACAUAUGCCUGAGCCAGUGCUGGACAGAGUUGACCCUGCCUCUGAUGAUAUACUAUAUUUUUCUGUUCAUCUCCCUAAGAGUAGUGGUAUCAUAGUUAACACAUUUGAUGAGCUAGAACCUAUUGCUUUGAAGGCAAUUACAGAUGGUCUGUGUGUUCCUGAUGCUCCUACUCCACCCCUAUACAACAUUGGGCCAUUGAUAGCUGAAGCUGAUAGUAGACCAGCUGAAGAUGGUGAUGAAGGCAUUGACUUGGAUCAGAGUGAUUGCUUCUCAUGGCUUGAUAGACAGCCGAACAAAUGUGUGGUGUUCUUGUAUUUUGGAAGCCGAGGAACUUUCUCAGUUGAGCAGAUAACGGAGAUUGCUAAAGGGUUGGAAAGAAGUGGUAAGAGAUUCCUGUGGGUUGUCAAAAAACCUCUAGGCGACUACAAAAGCAAACAGGUUAAUGGAUCAGGUGGUUUUGAGGUUGACAGCAUACUACCAGAGGGGUUUCUGGAGAAAACCAAAGGUAUAGGCCUGGUUGUGAAGUCAUGGAUACCUCAGAUGCAGGUGCUGAGACACCCUGCAGUGGGGGGAUUUGCAACUCACUGUGGGUGGAACUCAAUCUUGGAAGCCGUGGUUGCAGGUGUGCCGAUGGUGGCUUGGCCGCUACAUGCUGAACAGCAUGUUAACAUGGCUGCACUGGUCCAAGACAUGAAGAUGGCAAUUCCAGUGGAGCAAGGCAAUGAUGGCAUUGCAAGUGCGGAGGAGGUCGAAAAAAGGAUUAGAGAAUUGAUGGAUUCAGAGAGAGGACAAGAACUUAGAGAGCUGAGCAAGAAGAUGAGAGCCAUAGCUGUUGAAUCUGGGCAACAUUUAGGCUCUUCUAGUACUGCCCUUUCUAACUUGAUUCGCGUUGUGUUUGGAAACUAAAAGCAACCAAAAUUCCCCAAUCCCUCCCUACAUCUUUCAGUGCUCCCAUUUCUUUGGCUAGACCCAAAAAGCUUCAAGUCUUUGAGCUGUAUUUAGAUAAUAAAACAUUGAUUAUCGAACUCUGUUCAUGGCACAAGUUAUUCUACUAAGUUGAUUAAUUAACUGAUUCAGAACAUUAGUUCACC